AUGGAAUUUAAUAGAAUUUAUCUUAUUUUAUUAUUUUUCAUCAUUUUUUUAUAUUCUCUGAUUUGGGCAUAACAAAAAUAAUGAAAGUGUCACUAGAUUAAAGUUUCCAAAAGCAGAAUCAUGUGGCAAAAAGGAUUUCGGGUAGAUUUGAGUAUUCAAAGGCAUGAUUCCCAAGAAGGACAUGAAAACUGCAUCUGAGGGAAGCAUCUUUCUUUAUUUCCCCCUUAUGUGUAUAAUAGCUUCAAAAACAAAUAGUAAUUUGUUCAUUUAUUUCGAAAGCACAAUAAUGAUUAAUGUACUACAGACAAAAGAAAUCUGAGUUGGUGAGUAAGAAGAAGAAACGAUAAUAACUGAACGAAUGAAUUCGUUUCUACUUUACGCUUUGUGCUUCGCAAUCGCCAUCGCGAUUGUUCACUUCAAAUUCAACCUUACGCCACCGAUAUUCGGAUCGCUUCUCGUCGGUUUUUGGAUCAUCAAGAUGAAAUUUCAUCGCCGAUUUGGAAUCGGAAUUACUUGUUUCAAGAAUCCGAAACCGAAUUCGAAGGUGGAGACUGAUCUUGAUGGUGAGCCUCUUGAGGUUCCUCCGCACCUUGUUGUUAUGGUUAAUGGCAUUGUUGGAAGUUCUGCUGAUUGGAGGUAUGCGGCGGAGAAGUUUCUUGAGAAGCUUCCGGAUAAAGUCAUCGUCCACCGCAGUGAAUGCAAUUCUUCAAAAUUGACGUUUGAUGGUGUUGAUACAAUGGGUGAGAGGCUAGCUGAAGAGGUACUAUCUGUUGUUAGUCGCUGGCCAGGGUUGCAGAAGAUCUCCUUUGUUGCACAUUCUUUGGGAGGCUUGGUGGCAAGAUAUGCCAUUGCGAGACUUUAUGAAUACUCUUCAACAUCAGAAGCUGAAGUUACUAUUUGCAACUGCAAAGAGGAGACAGAAUGUACAAAGAAUUGCAUUGAACAGAAUUAUGAAGCCCGAAUCGCUGGUUUAGAGCCAAUGAACUUUAUAACCUUUGCAACGCCUCAUCUAGGUUCAAGAGGACAUAAACAGCUUCCAUUUCUUUGUGGCCUUUCUUUCCUUGAAAGAAGAGCAUCUCAAACUGCACACUUAGUUGUAGGGAGAACCGGAAAGCAUCUCUUUCUUAUGGACAAUGAUGAUGGAAAGCCUCCUCUUCUCCUCCGAAUGAUUGAGGAUUCUGAUGACUUAAAAUUUAUGUCAGCUCUACGUGCAUUCAGGCGCCGAGUAGCAUAUGCAAAUGCAAACUUUGAUCAUAUGGUUGGAUGGCGCACCUCAUCAAUUCGGCGUCAGCAUGAACUUCCAACAUUUGAUCUUCAAUUAAUUGAUGAGAAAUACCCGCACAUUGUACACGCCAAAGUUGGGACUGUUGAUGAUGUUUCCGCCAAAGAAUCUACUAAUGUUGGAGAUCAAACAAUUGACACAGAAGAGGAGAUGAUAAGGGGUCUCACCCAGGUUCCUUGGGAGCGUGUGGAUGUUAGCUUUCGGAAGAGUAAACAACGGUAUGUUGCUCACAGUACAAUCCAGGUGAAAAUCUAUUGGUUGCAUUCAGAUGGUUCCGAUGUGAUCUUCCACAUGAUAGAUAACUUCCUUAUCUAGUCUCUAGAACUAUUGUUGAGUUCAGUGUCAACAAAUCAAUGUUGUGAGCAAUGGACAGUGGUAGUCUUCUUCUACCCUGAAUAUCUAGUAUUGAAAAUUUCCAACAUAUGAUUUUUGUUAUGCGUCAGCAUUGAAAGUUGAUUACUUCAUUGCUGUGCAGCUUCAUUUAAAUCAGUUUUCAUUCCUAGUAACUUGUUCAUAUAUUCACAUGAUUGAGAAUUUCAUAUCGAAAAAGGUGUCUAUAUUGCAAUCUGUCUUUACUCUGUGAAAAGAUGUUUGUCGUAGAUCCAGGCAGCUUGUUUAAAACUCCAUGAACGGAAUUUAACCUUAUAACAAAUGAUAUAUUUGGUAAAUUGUUUCUUGCA